AUGUUAUUGGUACCCGAUGUUUUGCUUCCUAUUGAAUUGCUUUUGCAGACAUUAGUAGACCAUUAUCUCAAUACUUCUUACUGUACAACUGUUAUAACUGAAACGCCGUUGCAAGUUUUACCACAGAUUUCACAUCGCUAUAUCCUUUUGAACCAGAGCCUUGAGGAUUUAAUACUGGAUGCAUCGGAGGCUGGUUGUUCAGACUUUAUCGUACAAAUAAGUGAACCUAAAAGAUUUUUCUAUGCGUUGGAUUAUGCAACACGCCGCGGUCUUUUAAGGCGAAGUGACCGAAAGAUAAUUUUGUUACCACUAAACAAUACAAAAGAUAAUUCGCUUCUAAAUGUGUUGAGAAUGAAAGAAAGCAGUUUUGUUGUCAAUCUCCUUCUGGUGCUGCCUUCUUCAUCGAUUCAUUGCGAAGCUUUCGAUUUGGUUACGCAUAAGUUUAUUGGUCCAGUUGACAACGAUAUGCCAGUAUAUCUGGAUAGUUGGAAUUCUUGUUCGGGGUUUGAAAAACAUGGGAACCUAUUUCCUCAUGAUAUGUCUAAGUUGGAUGGUAAAAAUGUCAAAGUAACAUGUUUUACCUACACACCUUACGUACUUUUGGAUUUGGAUCCUGGAAUAGUGCCUCUCGGCCGUGAUGGUGUUGAGAUCAGGUUAAUGGAGGAGUUUUGUAGGUGGGUUAACUGCACUAUAGAAAUAAUAGGUGAUAACGGUGAAGAAUGGGGUGAGGUGUACGAGAAUUUUACAGGCUUGGGUGUACUCGGUAAUGUUGUUGAAGAUCGCGCUGAUUUUGGAAUAACUGCUUUAUAUUCUUGGUAUGAGGAAUUUCUUUAUAUGGAUUUUUCCGGAUAUGGUGUACGUACCUCUGUUACAUGCAUAGCUCCAUCUCCAAGACUUUUAGCGAGUUGGACAAUGCCACUACUACCAUUCAGUAUUUGUAUGUGGAUAGGACUGCUGUUUACGUUCAUUUAUGAAGCGUUAUCAUUGUUCGUGGCUCAACAUUUUUCAGCGAAGAAAAUUUUUCUGACAACAUUCGGCAUCAUGAUUACGCAGUCUCAAAAUGACUCAAAUUUCAAAUCGUGGAGGAUUCGAAGCGUGGUGGGAUGGAUGAUGCUGACUGGUUUGGUGUUAGAUAAUGCUUAUGGUGGUGGACUGGCGUCUACCUUCACAGUACCCAGAUAUGAGCCUUCUGUUGACACUAUCCAAGAUAUGGUGGAUAGAAAAGUAACUUGGGCUGCCACUCAUGACGCAUGGGUGUUUUCCUUGUCUGCGUCCCAGGAUCCUUUAAUCAAACAGUUAGUUAGACAGUUCCAUAUUUAUGAGCCGGAAGAGUUGAAACGUCUAAGUUUUACAAGAAAGGUAGCUUAUAGCAUUGAGAGACUACCGGCGGGUUAUUUCGCAAUUGGAGAAUACAUCGACGAUAAAGCAGUUCGUGACUUUACAAUUCUAGUUCAAGAUUUCUACUAUGAAUUAUGUGUGGUUAUGAUGAGAAAAAGCUCACCUUACACACUCCAGAUGAAUAAACAUAUUGGCAGGUUACAUGAGAGUGGGUUGAUGCUAGCUUGGGAAAGACAGAUUGCCUUAAGCCUAUUAAAUUACAAGGUGCAGAUUGAGGUAAAAUUGUCAAGAUCGAAAAGAGAUGUCGAAACUAUAGAACCUAUCAGUUUCCGCCUUGUUCUUGGAGUAUUUAUUUUGUACGGAUUCGGAGUGGUGUUGGCUACAUUUGCAUUUUUCUGUGAAAUAAUUUGGAAUAAACGCAAAAUCAAAUCCGGUGGUGUAGGAUCUACGAUAAUCUCCAUUUAUGAAGAGUAUUAA